UUUUUUCAACUCUGUGUACAGUUGAUUUUUUUCACAUUUUCCAAUAAAUUCAUCCAGGUAAAUAUGUUUAUAAUAUUAGUUGAGCCUUUAGCCUUCGACACACAAAAGAAAUUUUGCACGAAUUUACAUUGUGUUCAUUAUCCACCGCCAUUUUGCAAAUAUGAGCGUUUGGGGAACGGGCUUAUUACGGGGAAUGUCGGGCCACAUAGUUUUUUACAUUUGACAUGCUAACUUCAUAUAUUUGACGUGUAUAAGUGAUUUUUCGUGCAGAAUUUCAACAACACAAUAGUUUUUCAACAUUUCCUGAUAGUUUCGUGCUCCGAAAAAUUUUUUUUUAGUCAUUAUGCCGCGGUACUAUCCCAAACAAGAGAAAAUUGUUGAUUUCGACAACAUUUUGGAGGCGAUCAAGUCGGUGAAAAUACAUCACAACAGCGUUCGACAAUCUGCGACGGCACACAAAAUUCCGAGGACCAACCUGAUGCGUUAUAUUGCAGCAUUUGAUGGUGCGAGCAUCGACGUUACUACUGCCAAUGCCGAUGUAAUGAAGAAUUUGCUGGCUGAAAGCACGACGAUGGGCACAAAAACAAUCUUCAACAUCGAACAAAAGAAGGCGCUGAUAAGCUACAUUCUCCAGGCCAGCGACAUCAACUAUGGAAUUAGUUUGAUGGAGCUUCGUAAGCUCGCGUAUGAAUUUGCUCGGAAAGUUGGCGCGUCGUAUCUGGAUCCAUGGAACGACAAUCAACAGGCGAGUAAGGAUUGGCAGUUGGCGUUUAUGAAACGCCACAAAAAUUUGUCACUGCGAACACCAGAGCAAGUAAGCCAGAGCCGUGCGAAGCGAUUCAACAAAGAGAAUGUCGAUGCAUUCUUUGCCAACCUUUCAUCCGUUCUCGGUAAGACGCCGUUUGAACCUCACCGAAUAUGGAACAUGGAUGAAACCGGGUGCCCGACCGUGCCAACCAGACCUGUCAAAACCAGCAAUGACAAAAGCAGGUCGGCUCAUCAACAUCUGCCGAAAAAGGCACCAAUGUGUCUUUGGCUUUGGCCGUCAGCGCUAGUGGCCAGUCUAUACCGCCAUUCUUCCUCUUUCCCCGAGUCAACAUGA